AUGAUGUUGCACCAUACUUCAAGACUGAACCAGGCUUACCCCAGAUACACUUGGAAGGAAAUCGACUCGUACUUACAUGCCUUGCGGAAGGCAGCUGGCCCUUGGAAUUUAAGUGGUUACGCAAUGACAGUGAAAUAACCACCUACUCCAGUGAAUAUAAGUACAUCAUUCCAGCUUUGCAGAGAUCUGAUGCUGGCUUUUAUCAGUGUGUCGUACGGAACAGGAUGGGGGCAUUGCUGCAAAGAAGAUCUGAAGUUCAAGUGGCAUACAUGGGAAAUUUCAUGGACACAAACCAGAGAAAAACGGUGACUCAAGGACAAGCUGCAGUUCUAAACUUCCUACACAUACUCAGUUACCCAAGACCACAAGUGACAUGGUUUAGAGACGGGCAGAAGAUUAUACCAAGCAGCAGAAUAGCCAUCACACUAGAAAAUCAGCUGGUGAUCCUUGCAACAUCAGUGACCGAUGCAGGAGGCUACUAUGUCCAGGCAGUCAAUGAAAAGAAUGGGGAGAACAAGACAAGUCCAUUCAUUCAUCUCAGCGUAGCACGUGCCAUAGACCAGUCUGACACCAUGGCUCCCGUCAUUGUAAUCCCUCCACAGAAUAGUAGCGUUGUAGCAGGGAGCAGCGAAAUCACGCUGGAGUGUGUAGCCAAUGCAAGGUAUUGUAAAAGCCGCAACGGGGUCAUAAUAACCAGUGGCAUUACCAGUUUUGGGAGACGACUGACUAUCACCAACCCAACCUCUGCUGAUGUGGGAAUGUACUUCUGUGAAGCGAAAUUGAGAGACAGCACAGAGGAACCAGCAAGAGCGAAAGCCUUUCUUUCCCUGAUGGAGCCCCCAUAUUUUACGGCCGAGCCCGAGAGCGUGAUUUUGGCUGAAGUGGAGAAAGAUGUGGACAUCCUGUGCCAAGCGAUGGGUGUUCCGAUUCCCACCCUGAUCUGGUAUAAAGACUCUGUUCCCCUCAGCAAGCUGGAAAACCCCCGCUACAAAGUACUGCUGAGUGGUGGGCUGCGGAUCCACGCGCUGCGUCCUCAGGACGCUGGAAUCUUCCAGUGUUUUGCUAGUAAUAAAGCCGGGGAGAUACAGACGUACACCUACCUGGAUGUGACUAACAUUAAACCAGCAUUUAUACAGCCUCCGGAGGAUACCACCGUUACAGAGGGGAUGACCGCAAUGCUAACCUGUGAAGUUUCAGGGGCUCCAAAACCUGCCAUCUCAUGGAAGAAAGGAAACCAGAUAUUAGCCAGUGGCUCAGUUCAGAUUCCUCGGUUCAUUCUUCUUGAAUCUGGAGGGCUCCAGAUAACACCCGUUUUCCUUCAGGAUGCUGGCAAUUAUACUUGCUGUGCAGUCAACUCUGAAGGAGCUCUGAAUGCUUUUGUGAUGCUGACAGUGUGGAAUCGCACUUUCAUUGUUCACCCUCCUGAGGAUAGCACUGUGAUCAAAGGAACCACAGCCACUCUGCGAUGUGAAGCGACUCAUGAUCCUAGAAUUUCAAUCAGGUAUCUUUGGAAGAAGGACAGUGUUGUAAUAAAUCCAUCCAGCAGUUCCAGAAUCACGGUAGAGAAAGAUGGGACCCUCCUCAUCAGCCAGACAUGGUCAGGUGACAUUGGUGACUACACCUGUGAGGUCAUUUCUUUUGGAGGAAACGACUCCAGAAAGGCUCGACUAGAAGUGAUCGAGCUGCCUCAUUCCCCUCAGAAUCUUCUGGCCACUCUAAAUUCCUCAUACAGCCGCAGCGUGAUGCUCUCCUGGGUGCGCCCCUUUGAUGGAAACAGCCCUGUUCUCUACUACAUGGUCGAGCUCUCUGAGAACAAUUCUCCCUGGAAGGUUCACCUAUCAAAUCUUGACCCAAAGAUGACCGGAGUCACAGUAAGCGGACUAACUCCAGCUCGAACCUACCAGUUCAGGGUGUGUGCAGUUAACCAGGUGGGAAAGGGCCAGUACAGCUCUGAGACCAGCAGGUUGAUGCUACCUGAGGAGCCCCCCAGUGCCCCACCUAAAAAUAUAGUGGCCAGUGGGCGCACCAAUCAGUCCAUCAUGGUCCAGUGGCAACCUCCUCCCGAGAGUGAACAUAACGGAGUUCUUCAUGGGUACAUCCUAAGGUAUCGCCUGGCCGGCCUCCCUGGAGAAUACCAGUAUAAGAACAUCACCAGUGCAGAAAUUAACUACUGCUUAGUGAAGGACCUGAUCAUUUGGACCCAGUAUGAAAUCCAGGUGGCAUCUUACAAUGGAGCUGGGCUGGGAGCGUUCAGCAGACCUGUGACCGAGUACACUUUACAGGGAGUGCCUACAGCUCCACCGCAGAAUGUGCAAGUCGAAGCCGUGAACUCCACAACCAUCCAGUUCCUCUGGAAUCCUCCACCCCAACAGUUCAUCAAUGGUAUUAACCAAGGAUACAAGCUUCUGGCAUGGCCAGUGGAUGCUCCGGAGACUGUGACUAUGGUCACCAUUGCUCCAGAUUUUCAUGGUGUUCAUAGUGGCUUCAUCACCAACCUGAAGAAAUACACUACUUACUAUACGUCGGUCCUGUGUUUCACCACACCUGGCGAUGGACCACGAAGCACACCCCAGCUCCUGCGCACUCUUGAAGACAAGCCAGGAGCAGUGGGACACCUGAGUUUCACUGAGAUACUGGACACAUCUCUCAAGGUCAGCUGGCAAGAACCUGUAGAGAAAAACGGCAUCAUUACAGGGUACCAGAUCUCCUGGGAGGUGUAUGGCAGGAAUGAAUCUCGUCUGGCCCGCACGUUACCCAACACAACGCUGGAGUACAAGAUCACGGGGCUCUCGUCUCUCACCACCUACACCAUCGAGGUGGCAGCUGAGACUGCAAAAGGGAGCGGGUGGGUCACAUCCUCCACCAUCUCUUCUGGUGUGCCCCCAGAACUUCCAGGUGCUCCAUCCAACCUGGUGAUUUCCAACAUCAGCCCUCGCUCUGCCACGCUUCAGUUCCGGCCAGGGUAUGAUGGCAAAACUUCCAUCUCCAAGUGGGUAGUCGAAGGCCAGGUUGGUGUACUGGGUGAUGAAGAAGAAUGGGUGAGUCUUCACGAGGUGGAGAAUGAACCUGAUGCUCAGAUGCUGGAGGUACCGAACCUUACUCCUUACACUCAUUACAGGUUCCGGAUGCGGCAGGUAAACGUGGUGGGCCCCAGCCCACUCAGCCAGCCCUCCCGUGUCAUCCAGACGUUGCAGGCUCCGCCAGAUGUUGCCCCCGGGAGCGUCACCGUGCGGACAGCCAGCGAGACCAGCCUGUGGCAUGGUGAGCUGCCCCUCCCCGACACACAGUAUAACGGCAAUCCAGAAUCAGUUGGGUACCGGAUAAAGUUCUGGCGCGUGGAUCUGCAGUCUCCCACCCUGGUGAAGGUUAUUAAUGACCGAUUGGAAAGAGAGUACACAAUUGAAGAUCUGGAGGAGUGGACAGAGUAUGAACUGCAGAUCCAGGCUUUCAAUGCCAUCGGGGCAGGACCAUGGAGCGAAGUAGUGAGAGGUCGUACACGGGAGUCUGUUCCCUCUGCUCCUCCUGAGAAUGUCUCUGCUGAAGCCGUGAGUUCAACCCAGAUCCUUCUGACAUGGACCGCAGUCCCCGAGUCCGAGCAGAAUGGUCUCAUCCUGGGUUACAAGAUACUUUUCAAAGCAAAACAUUUAGACUCCGAACCAAAGAGCCAAAUAGUAAGAGGUAACCACACUCAGUCUUUCCUGCUAUCUGGCUUGCGGAAAUACACGCUCUAUGAGAUCCAGGUAUUGGCAUUCACUCGUAUCGGAGAUGGAGUCCCCAGCUCUCCUGCAGCUAUAGAAAGAACCAAGGAUGAUGCGCCUGGGCCACCUGUGAGGCUGGUGUUCCCCGAGGUGAGGCUGACAUCUGUACGGAUUGUUUGGCAGCCGCCGGAGGAGCCCAACGGAGUUAUUCUGGGGUAUCAGAUCGCCUACCGUCUGGCCAGCAGCAGCCCUAACAAGUUCACGACGGUGGAGGUUGGCUCAACAGUCAGGCAGUUUACUGCCACGGAUCUCACCCCUGAGUCAGCAUACAUCUUUCGGACAUCUGCCAAGACCAGGCAGGGCUGGGGGGAGCCUCUGGAAGCCACAGUGAUCACAACAGAAAAAAGAGAACGACCAGCACCUCCCAGACAGGUGAUGACCCCCCAGAGUGAUGUGUCGUCACGGAGUUUGCUGUUGAAGUGGGUCCCUGGAAGUGAUGGAUCUUCACCAAUACGAUAUUUUACAGUGCAAGUGCGAGAACUGCCAAAUGGAGACUGGCAAACCUACUCCUCUUCCAUCAGCCACGAGGCAACAUCCUGCAUUAUUGAAAGCUUGAACCCGUUCACCUCUUACAAACUGCGAGUGAAAGCAACCAACGACAUCGGAGACAGUGACUUCAGUGCGGAGACGGAGGCGGUCACAACUCUGCAGGAUGUUCCAGGUGAACCACCCAGUUCUGUGUUAGUAACUCCCCACACGACCUCAUCUGUCCUGGUGCAGUGGCAGCCACCCAAAGUUGAGAGUCUAAAUGGCUUGCUGUUGGGAUACCGGAUCUACUAUCGGGAGCUGGAUUACGACACUGGAUCUGGAGUAGAAUCCAAAACCAUCCAGAACCCUUCAGCUUUAAGAGCAGAGCUCACACCCCAAAGCAGCUUCAAGACAGUGAACAGCAGCUCUGCAUUAACGACGUAUGAAUUAACAC